AUGUCGUACAGCAUAGAAAUAGUAAUGGUUUCAGCAAAUCCUACAUCGAUUGAAAAUAUCCCAUCAUCAUUACCAUUAACAAAUUUUCACACAAACGAAAGAUUUAUUGUUCCUUUCAAUUAUGUAGAUAUAACGCUCAAAAAUAAUUCUGCCAUUGCAAUUAAUUUAAAAGUAAAAGAUAAUAAAUUAAUAGUAAAUAAUGCAUCAAUGAAACUAGGAAUAACUUCAUUUCAUCUAAUUAAAGCAAAAGUCAUUCCAGCUGAUCUUAGUAUAGAAGAAAUUGAUGGUUCCUUUGAUAAUUAUGAUAUAGCUGUUAGAAUAAGUUCUUCGAUAGAAUCAUUUCAGACGAAUAUUAACGGUUUAGAAAUUAAUCGUAUAAUAAUAUCUAUGACUGUUGUGGAAGUCGGCGGCUUAGAAGUUAUACAUGUAGAAAGAAUUGAAAAAAUAUUGUUACUUGAAGAAGACUACUCCUUCGCCUCCUUCAACAGAAAUCAAUUAAAAAGUUAUAUACGUCAUUGGUGGCGUUGUUCUUCAAUAUUCACAAGAACCUUAUGGCUCGCUAUUGCAUUCAUUACAUUUGCUACAUUUAUCGCAUCCUUUAUAAUCGUCGCAUCAACUUAUCGAAAAUACUUUUUCACAACGACCGGUUAUUAUCAGCUUAUACCGAAUGAUUUCUAUGACUAUAAGAGAAAUAAUAAAUCUUUUGAAAAAGUUAUUUAUAUGAUAAUGAAUAAAGAACUCUCGCAGAAGAACAACGAUCAUAAUAAUUUUUUAAAUGUUUAA